AUGAUAGUAGUGCUCCGAGUGCAGCGACUGCUUGGACGCUACAAGUUCCACGAAGGCCAGGUUAACGAGGCCGUCACAGCCUACCGUCUCUUAGUGCCUUUCAGUAGACGCAAGCGGGCCAACUUUCUUGUAGUGAGGCAUGUGCUUAUGUGCUAUGGCGAUGGAUCGCGUCCUGUCGACCUCGUCCUCUCUUUCUCUCAUCCAUACACUACUCGACUGCACGUGACUCUGAUCAUCAUCUAG